AUGUCCGGUUGGACUCCACCAGAUAUGACCACGUUCACGGAUCUCUUGCAGCCCGACGGGUCACCAAUACACCUAGAUGAUGUCUCUCCGACACAUCGUCGCUCCAAUGUCGGUUCUUCGCCGCUUCCUCGAGUUUUAUACUCCUCCGGCACACCAGCUCCGGGGCCAUAUGGGCCAUACGCUCCACCUCCGGCGCCAUAUGGUUCAUACCCUCCGCCUCCGUAUCCAUACCCCCAACCACCUCCACAUGCUCCACCUACAGGUAGCGGGAGUGGCACUGUACCUCCUUACCCACCACCUUCGUACGGUUCAUACCCUCCACCUCCGUAUCCAUACGCGCCAUAUGGUCCGUACCCUCCACCACCUCCUGAAGCUAGUGCUCCAAGCUCCGAGUCCAAUGCCGCGGAAACAAUCGUACCACCGCAUGCAAAGAGGCUUGACUGGACACCUGCGGAAGAGGAAAAACUGGUUCAUGCUUGGAUUAUUAACUCCAAGGACUCUAUCGCCGGUAAUUGCAAGACCGGCACUAGUUUUUGGGGUCAGAUAGCUGAAACCUUCAACUCUACCUCCGAGCCUGCCCGUCGUCGGACCUCCAAGCAACUGAAGGAUCAUUGGAACUCCUACAACAAGAAGGUGUCCCUGUUCAAUGCAUACUACAUCCAAGAAGAAUCGUUACGUCGGAGUGGAGCAGACGAUGCAAUGGUCAUGAGAGCGGCAAUGGAGAGGUACGCGAACGACAAAAGAGUGACUCAGCCGUUCAGACGGCACCACUGGUGGGAAGCUGUUCGCAAUGAAGCGAAGCGGAAAGGACAACAUGGUCCUGGUAGUGGAACCGAUUUCACAUCCAAGAGAAGCCGUCUGGGAGUUUCUGGUGAGUACAGCUCUGGCGACGCGACGACGGAGGAGGAGUGA